AAAGCAAACAUUGCUCAAAUUGAAAAUGUUGAAUUCAAAGAGACGGAAGAAGGAACUUCUACUGUCAGUUCUCAUGGUAGUUCUUCCACGACAACGACUGCUCACGAUAGUGCCACGAGUUUUACCCGAGCGGCAUACGACAUAUUACAACGUAAUACUGAUUCUCAGGUACAUGCUCGUGGUAACCAUGCUUUCACUAAAAGGCCUGACGAUUUUCUUGAAAUGCCAAAGAACUCUCAGUUGGCUUAUUGUUCGAAUUCUGAGAAUUCAAGUCUUUCUUCCACAAUGGCGAAAACCAACGUUGAGAACAAGGAGAAUGAAACAGAUGAACAAGUGGCUCGAUUAACAAAGAAAAGCCAGGAAGUUCUGCAUCUUAAAACGAGUUUAAAACUGCGAAUGAUUUGAAAAAAAAUCAUUCUUUGACAACAUCUUUGCAAUCAGGGCGUUACACUGACUCAUCGCUCUUGUCGGAGGAAGAAGUGUGUGAGCCUCUUGUUGAUAUGAACAGCGGUGUAUCUCUAAUUCCCGUAGUUUGCCCCGAUGACGAUAAAGGAGUUAGGAGUCUAGCUAUGUCAGAUGAAAAUGAGCGAUUUACUGUUGCACCUGAGACGUCGCGACAUUUAGUUCAUUCAAUAAAUGAUUCGCCCGUUUCAAGUAUUUACACUGAUGAAGACGUCGAGAAUGAUGCAAGUUUAGCAAUUGGAGCAACUGUUGCAGCGAUAUGUGCCACACGUGAUGGUAGCAUAGAAAUUAAUGAUUACUCAGGAUCGUCAUUGGUCAGAACCAUGGCCAUCAGAGGAAUAUCCAUCAGGCAAAGAAAUGACUUCAGAGGAAUUAAAACAGGCGAUUGUAUCGAUGAUGUUAAGAAAAGAUGAAGUUGAAGAACGUAACAGGUUGUAUUAUCGUCCUUCGUUUAAUAUUAACAUUCCAUUCGAAUAUACACUAUUUUGCCCUGAUUUUUCCUUCGGUCAUCUUUCCUGUAGAUCAUUACAACAACAUUU